AUGAAGAAGUACCGACAUUGCGUUGGUGCAGGGGGAACAUGGAAACAGUUGCGCCGCUACGUUGGUUCCCCCCUGUGCGUGUGGAGCCAGCUGGUCAUUAUGGGAAAGAAGAGGGGGAAAGACCGGAGCUCCAGGGACGAUGAGGAUAUUGACCUGUCAGGUCCGUCCUGUCGACAUAUCAAAAAGGGAACAGACCAAGCGCUUGUGAAAAGGCUCUCUGGCUGUGAAGACUGGACACACUGCCAGGAUUGUACUAGUAAAGAGGAGAAGAAAGAGAAGGACAAUGGCCCGUCACAGGAAACGCAAACAGAGGAGGUUGAACUGGUGUGGAUGUGCCUCAAAUGCGGACACAGGGGCUGCGGUCGACAUUCUGAAAACAAACACGCCAUUAAGCAUUACGAGACCCCACGAUCAGAUCCUCAUUGCCUCGUGGUCAGUCUGGACAACUGGGCCGUGUGGUGUUAUAUCUGUGAUGACGAGGUGCAGUUCUCUCAAACCGGACACUUAGCUCAGCUCCUGACCAAUCUGAGGAAACUCUCCUCCACUGAGCCGACAAAGAGGCCACCCCAGAAAACUAAAGAGGUUUCAGAGGUGGAGCUCAAACUGGACACUCUAACACUGGAAGAGAGUGUGGAGCAGGAAGACAACGAAAAUCCAGAGAAUAAAGAAAAUCCAGAGACUAAAGAAAAUCCAGAGAAUAAAGCGCAUCAGCCCAAAAGCCAGCAGUCCAGUGCCACGCAGGCGGACAGGGUCCCGGUGAAGGGCCUGAGCAACCUGGGCAACACUUGCUUCUUCAACGCCGUCAUCCAGAAUCUUUCCCAAACACACAUCUUAAGAGACACACUGAACGCAGUCAUAGAGAAGAUGGCAUUGGACAUUGCACCAGAUGCUUCCUCAAAUCUGGAGCCGGUGACGGUCCGUCUGGAGCGAUCGGGACCUCUAACAUUAACCAUGUGUCAGCUGCUCAAUGAAAUCCAGGAAUCCAAAAAGAACGUCAUCACACCACGCGACCUAUUCACGCAAGUUUGUAAAAAGGCUGCCAGGUUUCGGGGCUUCCAGCAGCAGGACAGUCAGGAGCUGCUGCGGUACCUGCUGGACGGGAUGAGAGCGGAGGAGAGCAAAAGGGUGGGGUCAGCGCUGUUUGAGGCGUUAAAAGAAGCCAAAACGACGAGCGAAGAUCAGUUGAAAACACUUGUCAAAGAGUAUGAGAAGAAGGCAUUCCCCAAGAACGUCGUGGAUCAGGUUUUUGGUGGGGAAACGACCAGCACUGUCAUGUGUCAGCAGUGCAAGACGGUGUCAGUGGUCAAAGAAAUGUUCCUUGAUCUUUCACUUCCUGUUUCAGAUGAGGCCUACAGAAAAAAGUUUCAGAAAAAACCAGCUUUUCAAAAGUCCAGUGACGCUGAAGAAAGUGAGAGCCCCGUUUUGACCAAUGGCACAGACGACAUUCCCAGUGGCAGCAAAUACCAACAGAAGAAGGCCAAGAAGCAGGCCAAGAAGCAAGCCAAGAACCAAAGACGACAACAGAAGCUAGACAGCAAGAGCUCAUUGGACAUCCUCUGCUCCCCUCAAAGCAACGGCACGGGUCCCGACCAAGAGGACAAAGUGGAGAACGGAGAGGAACCAGGACCCCUCACCAAGUCUGAACCGGAAGAGCCCACCACCACAGACGGCAACAGUGAAGAAGGGGAGGAGGGCGAGGGGUCCAGCACGAGUAACCGCUUCAUCACACUGUCAGAGGCACAGCCCAACGGCAGCGCUGUGGAGGGGGUCACCACGCCAGGCUCCACCUCAGAGGGGGUCACCACGCCAGGCUCCGACUCAGAGGGGAACGUGGAGAACGGAGAUCUGGACAAAGCCUUUUUAGAAGAUGAGGCCAACACGGAGCAGUACCAUGAAGAGCCCGAGCAGCCAGAAGAGCCCGAGCAGCCCACCGAGUAUAUGGUGGUGAACCAGGACCCCGACUCGGCCUUCCGCACCCUGGCCCAGAGGACUGCCCCAGAAAAGCAGGAGUGUUCGAUCCAGUCCUGCCUGUUCCACUUCAGCGAGGUGGAGACGCUAAGCCAGAACAACAGCCUGCUCUGUGUCACCUGCACCAAGAGAAGCCACGCUGACCCACAGAAGGUGUACACUGAAGCCCUGAAGCAGAUGCUGAUCUCCUCUCCUCCUCCAGUGCUCACUCUUCAUCUGAAACGCUUUCAACAGAACGGCUUCAGCAUCUGUAAAGUAAAUCGGCACGUCCAAUUCCCCAGCAUACUGGACUUGGCUCCUUUCUGCGCUCUCAACUGCAAGAGCACGGCUGAGGGGGACUCUCAGAUCCUCUAUAGCCUCUAUGGGAUCGUGGAGCACAGCGGGACAAUGCGCUCCGGGCAUUACACGGCCUACGUCAAAGCACGGCCACGAUGCGCCCCAUUGGAGUCCAACGGCGUUUCAGCACAAGGUGACACAGAGGCCCCCAAAGGCUCCUGGUUCCACAUCAGCGACACCAGCGUUCAGCCUGUAAGCGAGGGGAAAGCCCUAGGCUGCCAGGCCUACCUACUCUUCUAUGAGAGGAUCCAAUAG